ACACGCAACAUCUGAACGACCGAUCAACCUCAAUAACCUCAACAGAUAAAUGGACUGAUGGCGACGCCGGCCAGCUCGGGCGUGUUCGUGGCGCUCUCGCUCGCGGCCAUCAGCCUGCUCGUCCUCGCCCUGCUGCGGCGCUUCCUGCCCCUGCGCGCAACUCCGGCCUUCGUCGUGCUGCCCGUCUUCCUCGCCCUCGCCCUGCCUGCCAGCACCGUCCUGCUCGUGCCCAUUGACCUCGCCUCCAGCCCGCCAGACAGCCACCCGCCCGCCGGGAUAUGGCUCUCCUCCCGCCUCAUGCUCGUCUUCUGGCGCAUCGCCUACUGGCUCACCUUCGUCCUCACCUGGGCUAUUCUACCCUUUCUAGGGGAGUAUCUCGACUCCGGCCACAGGUCGCCCCGGGAGCGCAUGCUCUACUCCCUCCGCUCCAACGCCCGGUACCAGCUCAUCGUGCUCUGCUCCGGCCUGCUGGGCCUGAUAUACCUUGCUCUCACCCAUGAGCUGCGUUUCUCCUCUCUCCGGGGACUGGUCAUGGCCCUCGCCUACGCCUGGGGCCUGGUGCUGGCCAUCUACCUGCUCGGCCACGGUCUGGUCGCCCUGCCUCGCAAGAUGUGGCGGGCUGCCUGGACGGGCAACAGGCUGCGCAGGCUGCAGCAGCGGGCGGUCCGCGUGCACGAUGCGCUUGUCGAGGCCGGCGGGAAGCUCGAGGAGCUCCGGAGCAUCGUCUCUCUGCUGCGGCGGAAGCGUGGGCUCAGCCUCGAGAUGCAGGAGUGGGUGGACGAGCUGGUUGACGUCGUUGCUGCUGCUGGACAGGGACAGGAUGUGCGACGAGGGGGGUCUGCUGCCGUUCAGAGUCUCCAGUGCGAAGGGAGGGCUUCAGUGCCGCAUGUCAUUACGGACCGGUACAUGGCGGGCCUGACCAGAGACCUCUACCGGGCCAGACACAAGCAUGCCAGAUACGCGGAUGCCUGGUCCUGUCUUGUCUGCGAAGCACUCGACUGCCAGACCAUACUGGACGCAGCAACAUCAAAGCAGCUGGUCUUUGACUCUCGCUCGUCCUCUUCGUCGUCGUCAUUGUCAUCUUCUGGCUUUGGCCGCCCUCUCUUGACUCCGUAUCUUCGGUAUCUGCUAUAUACCCACAUCCUACCGGCCGUCUACAUCUGCCUGGCUGCCGUCUUCGCCUGUCUGUCCGUCUGCAUCCUCUGGUCUGAGCUUGUCCGCACAUUCUUCCCCUUUCUCUCCAUCGUUGCCCUCGCGACGCCUUCGUCCGAGCCAGUGGGCUUCCCUUCCCAACUUCUCACCUCUGUCUGGCUUCUCUACCUCUGUGCUGCCACCGGAACAGGCAUCUCAGACGCUCAGAUUUGGGGUAACCGGGCCCUUGUUCCGCGCAACACCUACCACGAGUCUGCCUGCUGGUACGCAGGCCAGGUCGCCCGACUCACCGUUCCUCUGGCCUACAACUUCCUCACUCUCCUGCCCACAGACCUCCAACUACGGACGACCUUCUACGACUUCCUGGGCAAGGGAAUCAACCUGACCCUGAUCGGAGAAGGCUUCGACCUGUUCUUCCCGCUGUUCAUCCUCUUACCCGUUGCUGCCACAGCGUUCAACCUCUACGGCAAAGUCAAGGGACUGGUGGGCUUGGGAGACAUGGAGAUCUACGGCGAAGACGAGGAAGACAACCCGUCUGGCUUCGGGACUGCACCAGCAGAACCCCCAGGAGCGGCAGCAGGACGGCCGCUCACCGAGCCAACCUGCCCGACACCCUGCCACGCUACAGAGAUGCACCACCGCCAGCAACGCCCAUCAGCAGAAGUACCGCUGCUGCUCCCGCACGCACUGCUGCCUCUACCUCUGCUCCACGGCGGCUGA